GCGUUGGCAGCGCCACGUACUACAACCGUCGAGGGCGAUUUCACUCGCUUUAUAAAUUCAUGUCCCUCCGAACCGCCGUUUCUAGUCACUCUCUGCUCUGGAAGCGCCCAUUUCUUCUGCCUCGACUUUCUGUACUUCGGCCAGUUAUUUCAGCAUUCGCAAUGUCAUAUCGGCCCAACUAUCAAGGUGGCCGUCGUGGCAGCUCAUCUGGAGGAAGACGUGGCGGUGGCCGACGCGGCGGAGGUGGAGGCAGCGGAGGCAGAGGCGGCGGAGGUAGAGGCGAGCAACGUUGGUGGGACCCGGUCUGGCGCGCUGAGCGUCUGCGACAAAAUGCUGCUGAGAUGGAGGUUCUUAAUGAAGAUGAAUGGUGGGCUAAGAUGGACCAGAUGAAAAGAGGAGGGGAACAAGAGUUGAUAAUUAAGCGUAAUUAUAGUCGAAGAGACCAAGAAAUCCUUUACGAUAUGGCUCAUCAGCAGGGUCUCUACUUCCAUGCAUAUAAUAAGGGGAAAAGCCUUGUGGUUAGUAAAGUUCCAUUGCCAGAUUACCGGGCUGAUCUCGAUGAACGACAUGGGUCCACACAAAAGGAGAUUCGAAUGACUACGGAUAUAGAGAGGAGGGUUGGAAAUCUUCUGGAUGACUUGCAGGGUCAGGGAAGGGAUCACAGCGUUUCUUCUACUGCAUCAGCUGAAGGAGGCAAACAGACUCCAACUUCUAUAAAUAACACAAAACCUGUCUACAAGUUGGAGACUGAUUUAGCAAAGGAGAAACUUAGUGCUGAACUUAAGCAGAAACAGGAAGAGAUGAAAGUAUGUUUAUCUUUUCUCUUUUGUAAUGAUGCUCUCUCUCUCUCUCUCUCUCUCCAACAUAAAUAUCAUGUUACCUAUUGGGCAUUGCAGGGAAGCGAUGGCUUAAAAACAAUGCUGGCAUUUAGAGAAAAGCUUCCUGCCUUCAAUGUAAAAUCUGAAUUUAUAAAAGCAAUGACAGAAAACCAGGUAUUGGUUGUUUCAGGAGAGACAGGUUGUGGUAAAACCACACAGCUCCCUCAAUUUAUUUUGGAGGAGGAGAUAUCAAAACUUCGUGGUGCUGAUUGUAGAAUAAUAUGCACCCAACCUCGGCGCAUCUCUGCUAUUUCAGUUGCUGCACGUAUAUCCUCUGAAAGGGGAGAAAGUCUUGGUGAAACAGUUGGAUAUCAAAUACGACUGGAAGCAAAACAAUCAGCCCAGACUCGACUACUAUUUUGCACCACUGGAGUUCUACUCCGGCAGUUGGUUCAGGACCCACAAUUGACUGGUGUUAGCCAUUUGCUUGUGGAUGAAAUACAUGAAAGGGGCAUGAAUGAGGAUUUUUUAUUAAUAAUUCUGCGCAACCUUCUUCCUCAGCGGCCAGAUUUGCGUCUUAUUUUAAUGAGUGCCACCAUUAAUGCAGAUUUGUUCUCCAAAUACUUUGCGAAUGCCCCAACACUACACAUACCAGGAAAAACAUUUUCUGUGACAGAGUUUUUUUUAGAGGAUGUGCUGGAGAAAACUCGUUAUAAUAUCAAGUCAGAGUUUGAAAACUUUGAAGGAAAUCCAAAUAGAAGAAGGAGACAACAAGAAUCCAAGAAGGAUCCGUUAUCAGAAUUAUUUGAGGAUGUUGAUAUUGAUGCUCAGUACAAAGCUUAUAGUUCAUCUACGAGAAAGUCACUUGAAGCCUGGUCUGGGGCACAACUUGAUUUGAGUCUGGUGGAAUCAACUAUUGAGUAUAUUUGUCGCCAUGAAGGUUAUGGUGCUAUACUUGUAUUUCUUACUGGUUGGGAUGACAUUUCUAAACUACUCGACAAAGUUAAAGCAAACAGUUAUCUUGGAGAUUCUGGAAAGUUCUUAAUCCUUCCUUUACAUGGUUCCAUGCCAACCAUUAAUCAGCGAGAAAUAUUUGAUAGUCCUCCCCCCGCCAAAAGAAAAAUUGUGCUGGCAACUAACAUUGCUGAGAGUAGUAUCACCAUAGAUGACGUUGUCUAUGUCAUAGAUUGUGGAAAAGCAAAGGAAACGAGUUAUGAUGCUCUGAACAAACUCGCUUGUCUGCUACCUUCAUGGAUUUCCAAGGCUUCAGCACACCAGAGGCGAGGUCGUGCUGGUCGUGUGCAACCUGGUGUUUGUUAUAGACUCUAUCCAAAAAUUAUCCACGACGCAAUGCUUCAGUAUCAGUUACCUGAAAUUCUGAGAACUCCUUUACAAGAACUUUGUCUGCAUAUCAAAAGUUUGCAGCUAGGAACUGCUGGGUCAUUUUUGGCACAGGCAUUACAGCCACCAGACCCUCUUGCUGUCCAGAAUGCCAUUGACCUUCUCAAAACAAUUGGUGCUUUAGAUGAUAUGGAGGAGCUUACACCACUGGGUCGUCAUCUUUGCUCAUUACCUCUGGACCCAAAUAUAGGGAAGAUGCUUCUCAUGGGUUCUAUAUUUCAAUGCCUGAAUCCUGCCUUGACCAUUGCUGCUGCUCUGGCUCACCGCGAUCCAUUUAUUUUGCCCAUUAAUAGGAAAGAGGAAGCAAAUGAUGCAAAGAAAUCAUUUUCGGGUGAUUCUUGCAGUGACCACGUCGCCCUUCUUAAAGCCUUUGAAGGAUGGAAGGAUGCAAAAAGAAAUGGAGCUGAAAGAUCGUUCUGCUGGGAAAACUUCUUAUCUCCAGUUACCUUGCAGAUGAUGGAUGACAUGAGAAUGCAGUUUCUAGAUCUAUUAUCUGAUAUUGGCUUUGUGAACAAGUCCAGGGGUCCAAGUGCAUACAACCAAUACAGUCACGAUUUGGAGAUGGUGUGUGCAGUGCUUUGUGCUGGACUAUACCCUAAUGUCGUACAAUGUAAAAGAAGAGGAAAGAGGACAGCCUUCUAUACUAAGGAAGUUGGGAAAGUGGAUAUUCAUCCUGGAUCUGUCAAUGCAGGGGUUCAUAUCUUCCCUCUGCCUUACAUGAUUUACAGCGAGAAGGUCAAAACAACUAGUAUAUACAUUAGAGACUCUACCAAUAUAUCAGAUUAUGCCCUGUUGUUGUUUGGUGGUAAUCUUGUACCUACCAAAACUGGAGAUGGCAUUGAAAUGCUCGGUGGCUACCUCCAUUUCUCUGCUUCAAAGAAUGUUUUAGAUUUAAUAAAGAAAUUGCGCGGGGAACUUGACAAGCUUUUGAAUAGGAAGAUCGAGGAGCCGAGUUUUGACAUUACUACAGAAGGAAAGGGAGUGGUGGCAGCUGCAGUCGAGUUACUGCACAGUCAAGUUGUACAUCAUUAAUUCAUGCUUGCUUCUUCUAGUAUCAACUACUUAGAAUAGAACAAAGGGAUUCUUAGACUAUAACAAAGGGAUUCUUAGACUAUAACAAAGGGAUUGAUCUGUUCUUUCUGCUUGGGUACCCUUACCUGAAUAUGGUAUAUAAUGAUCUCUAAUCAAUAGAACAGAUCCUUUGGUUGGGGGGCGUCGCGGUAUUUGAAAGAUUAGUUCAUUUACUUUAGCUGUUCGUGUUUUGAAGACGUGAUUAACCCGUACUUCAUUGUGUUGUUCGUUCAACUCGAUAAUUUAGUUUUUUUUUUAUUGUUUUUUU